UGACUCCUCUCGUAAUCUUUCUCAUACUUAAAGGACUUCCCAGGAGACAAGACAGGGCUGGAAAUAAGCAUAAAAGCAAAGCUAGAUCAGGAAUAUUAACAACGAACAUUUUCUAUGUUCUAAUUCGGGUUUGGAAAAAAAUGGCGACCGGAUCGGAUUUGAUCAAAUUUGAUGUCUGCUUGUAUAAGAAAGACGAUGUGUCGUACGAAGACUUCAUCGGAUGGGCUACCGGGCCUUAUGCUGAACAAGUGAUCCCCCUCAUGAAGAAGCAUGGCCUCGUCAAAUGGGUACAAACUGUAGUGCCUCCCCAGUUCCGCGAGCCCUUGCGCCAAAUGCUGAAGGGGGAGAUGAAUCGGCCAGGGUGGACCGUUCCCGACUACGAUCUUGUCCAUACAUACUACCUUCGCAGUCAUGACGAUUUGAAAGCACUCACUUUAGAACCGAAGUGGCACGAAUUGGAGGAAGAGGCAUCUAAGUUAUCCAAUGUGUCUAUUGGACAUUUUGUGAAUGGGUUCGAGAUUGUUCAAUUCGAGAAUAAUUACCUAGAGACCAACAAUGAAUAAUGAGGGGAGGAAGGGAGGAAGAGGGGAGAUGACAUAGCUGGAUGGAUGAUUGGGUGGGUAGAUGCGGGUGAGAAGAGGUACAUACAUAGCAGCUUAUCGAUAAGUGUUUGGCUAACGGCGCCUAAAGAACUCCGGCUGCCGGUGCUAGAUUAUUACCCCUCCGUG